ACAAUUUUUCUACUAGAGGACUUGCUCCGAUUUUUACGUAUAGCAUCUUCUCUUAAAGGAAAUCGGUGUGGGGAGGUAUCUUAGAAUAGUCAUUUUUCAAUUUUCUCAAGAGUUUUCACUUCAAAUGCAAAAAACCAAAAAUAAAAACAAAGAAAUGUAUAAUAUUAAAUUUUUUUUUUCCUGUGGAUAAAUUUUCUACCAGCAAUUUUGCUCCAUCUUUUAAUAAUAGCAAAGUAUUCUAAAAGAAAUUUCAAUUGCAAGGUACUUUAAAUAGGUUGUUAUUCGAUUUUUUCUGAAUUUUUUUUUUAAUAAAUGUGAAGAACCGGGAAAAAACAUGGGACAACCAGGAAAAACUAGGAAAUUCGGUACAACAUAAACAAAUAUUAUUAAAGAAAAUGUAUAAAACCAAUUUAAUUAUUUUACUUUAAUAUGGCCUAUAUAUUGUUGAUAAAGUAAGACUAUCAACUGAACUCGCUCAUAUUGGUUUUUUUGUAAACAAUGGUUUAUUGUUGCUUACAAGUACACAUUAAAUUACCUAUAACAGUGACUACACCCAUCCUCAUUAUUCUAGGAUAUCUAUUUUACCUUGAAUUUUUUAAAUAUUAUAGUUACAAAAAAGGGUCUUUGAUGAUUAUUUAAUCCACCAUGAGUCGCAUCAUUAUUUGUAACAUAUGUGAUCGCACAAUGUUUUUUUGACUGUUCACUUAUAUCUUAUAUUUUUUUUUAAACGUUUUACAUACAAAUGCAUUUAUUAAUGAUUUUCAAAAAUUAUACUUCAUUUAUUUACUAUAUUUUACAAUAAAAGUUGGUAUUAAUGGAACUAUUAUAUUAAAGCUUAAAGUGAAAAUUACUCCUUUAAUUAAGUCUACAUUUUACAAAUAAAAUAAAUAAUAAUCAUUAGUAUUUAGUACUGAACUAAAAUAUAAUUUUUAUUUCUGUGCAUCUUUUGUUUACAUAUAUUUUUUACGACCAACAUAAUUUUUAGGAUAUUUUUGUAUUAUCUAAAAAAAUAUUCAAGUUUACCCUUGUUAGUAGUUACCUUAGUUAAAUUUUAACAUAAAACUUAUUUUCAAUAUAUACUGCUUUAGAAGUUAAAAACUUCCAUCAACUUGACUCCACAUUUAGCUGUAUCAUUUAUAAAGCGCAAAUGUUUUAAAUUAUUGAUAGUUCUUUACAUAACUGUCAAUAUUUGGCCAAUUUUCUGGAUUUUGAUACAGAAACUCCAUGUUUAUUUAAAACUUUUAGAAUAAGUUUUUUGAUUUUAAUUGUAGUACUUUCAUAAAUUUCAGCAUUUUCAGAGUUUAUUGCUUAAUCUUUAUCAUUGCUUUAUAUACUAUCCUAAAAAUCAAUAUGUUAGAUGGGCCUAAAAAAAAUUAACAUUUAUAUAUAUAAAUAACAAAAUACGUCCUAGAACAAUGGGGACUGGUGCAGCCACUGUUGUAGGUAGAUAAUUUAAUGUAUACCUGUAAGCAACGUUAAACCAUUGCUUACAAAAAACAAUUCUGAGCAGAGUUAAGUUGAUAAUGUUGCUUUAUCAACAAUAUAUAUGUCAUUUUAUUAUAAAAUAAUUAAAUAGGCUUUAUAUAUAUUUUUUAAUAAUAUUUGUUUAAUGUUGUACCAAUUUUCCCAGUUUUUCCUAGUACAAGUCCUUGUAUACAAAUAAUAUACUAAUAAUUAGUAUAUUAUUUUUAUAAUUCAUUUUUAAUACCAUGUAUGAUUGUAUGAAAAUUUGUUUAUUAUCAUACACGGUAUUGUUAAAUAUUAAUAAUACAUGUUGAAUACAUAGACAUGUUGCACGCUUUGCUAGAAAAAGUAUUAAUAAAAUCUUAAUAAAUACAGAAAAGUAUAGUUGAAUAAUACGAGAUUUUUAUCAUAAUUUAUUAUUAAUGAUAAAUUAAUUUUUGCAUUAUUAAGCAUGUUUAUUGUGCCCUGAGAAUUUGCCACUGAUAUACACAUUUGUAAAUUAUGUACAUCAUAUUUUACUUCUAUACAUAAUACAAUUUAUAAGCCUUUAAUCUAAAAUAUCAUGUUAGUUAUAGUAUUUUGAUAGAAUUUAUUUUUAUUUUUAUAUAACAAGAAUGGAUAUAGAAGAAGAUGAUGGAUUUCAUUCUCUAGAUGAAGAAGAUAAAAUAUUUGAUGAAAUUAAACAAGAAAUUUUAGAUGAAGAAAGUUUGUAUUUCAAAAAAUAUUUAAUUUUGUUUAAAUAUAUUUUAUUAAUGUCUAAUUUAAAUUCUAGUGAAAUGGAUAUCUGAACAAGACAUUGAUUAUAAUGUAUAUUUACAUCAUUUACAAAAUAAUUCACUUGAAUGUCCUGUCUGCCAUACUGGUAAUCUCAUCAAAUCAGGCAACAAUAAUAUUUCAUGUGACAUAUGUCAUACAUCUAUUCAGACACUUCUUGAAGUUGAUGCUUUAAAAAGUAAUUUAGAAAAUACAACUGCUGAACAUUCGCGUUUAUGUCAGGCACCAGCAGAAUGCAUUGUUUUUCCAACACAUUGUGAUAGCUCUAUGUUUUUAUUGUGUAGCAUUUGUCAGUUCCUGUUUCAGAUUUCCUAA